UUAGUGUGAGGAGAAAAAGAGCCAGCCAAAUCCUGAAUAGACACUUGCCAGUUAGCCAUCAAGCGUAUGCUCAGGACAGGUUCCCUUCGAUACUCUUUCCUGUCUUCCCCUUGUAGAGAAUAUCCAUCCUCUGUUUAUUCCAUAGGCCCUUUAGAUUCCUCCACCAUAUCUUCUACACCAUAUUAAUCAAUCCAAUAAAAGGAAAAAGAAAAUUCUAACUUACUUAUUCAAAAUUAACACCCUCCCGCUAUAAUUGAUCGUACAGCAACACCAUGUCUCUCUCUAUAAAUUCUUCUCUCUCUCCUCCUUUCUUCUAUCCAUACCCUUCGAGUUAUUAUUCUUCUUCUUUCACUUUCUACCCUCCAAAUUCUGUUAAAGUUUUGCCUUUUCCUUCUUUUCCAGCAAUACCCAUCACCCUGGUUGUUAAAAGAAGUCAUUUUUCUGAGCCUGUGAGGUUGAAGAGUGAGAGAAAGAGAAGGGUAGUUGUUGUUAGAGCAAGCGAAAUGACAAUUACAGAGGUGAGGGAGGAAGAGGAAGGGGGAGAGGAAAGUCCUCCUUUGAUUGAUUCUGAGAACAACAAUUCCAGGCCUCGUCGUAUUGCUCUUUUUGUUGAGCCUUCUCCUUUCUCAUAUGUAUCAGGUUAUAAAAACAGGUUCCAGAAUUUUAUAAGAUAUUUACGGGAAAUGGGAGAUGAGGUAAUGGUUGUGACAACACAUGAAGGGGUCCCGCAGGAGUUCUAUGGAGCAAAGUUGAUUGGAUCAAGAAGCUUCCCCUGUCCUUGGUAUCAGAAAGUGCCCCUUUCCUUGGCACUCAGUCCAAGAAUAAUAUCAGAAGUUGCACGGUUUAAGCCUGAUAUAAUACAUGCCUCUUCACCUGGGAUCAUGGUUUUUGGUGCUCUCAUUAUUGCAAAACUACUAUGCGUACCCAUAGUCAUGUCUUACCACACCCAUGUUCCAGUGUAUAUCCCAAGAUACACAUUUAGUUGGCUGGUGAAACCUAUGUGGUUAAUUUUAAAAUUUCUUCACAGAGCAGCUGAUCUUACACUGGUUCCUUCAGCUGCAAUUGGGAGGGAUCUCCAAGCAGCUAGGGUAACCGCAGCUAACAAGAUCCGUCUUUGGAAUAAGGGUGUGGAUUCUGAAAGCUUCCACCCUCAGUAUCGCUCUCAUGAAAUGCGGUUAAGAUUGAGCAAUGGUGAACCAGAUAGACCAUUGGUAAUUCAUGUUGGGCGUCUUGGAGUUGAGAAGAGUUUGGAUUUCCUCAAAAGCGUUAUGGACAGACUUCCAGAUGCAAGAAUUGCUUUUAUUGGGGAUGGACCAUACAGGGAAGAGCUAGAGAAAAUGUUUACUGGCAUGCCUGCAGUGUUUACUGGGAUGUUACAAGGUGAAGAGCUCUCUCAAGCAUAUGCAAGUGGUGAUGUGUUUGUGAUGCCUUCGGAAUCUGAGACACUUGGACUUGUUGUUUUGGAGGCCAUGUCUUCAGGAGUCCCUGUUGUGGGAGCUCGUGCCGGGGGAAUCCCAGACAUAAUUCCGGCAGAGCAGGAAGGCAAAACUGGCUUUCUCUUUAAUCCUGGAGAUGUUGACGACUGCUUGAGCAAAUUGGAGCCUCUACUACGAAAUAGGGAAUUGAGAGAAACCAUUGGCAAAGCCGCACGUGAAGAAAUGGAGAAGUAUGAUUGGAAAGCAGCCACUAAGAAGAUACGCAAUGAACAAUACAAUGCUGCUAUUUGGUUCUGGAGGAAGAAGAGAGCACAGCUACUGAGACCUCUGCAAUGGCUGGCCAGACGCCUUUUCCCAUCACAAGAGGUCAACUAUAGUUGAUGUGUGGAUAUAUUACAUAGAUUUGCUUGGUAGAAUUAAAGAAAAUAGCAUGUCAAAAUAGGGAUUGUGAACCUGUACUGGCCUUCAAACAGGCUCUUUCUAUGGUGUAUGUAUGAUUCUUUUGCAACG